GUGUCGCGGACACACAGAUAUAAAAGGGUAACGAGAAACUCUCUUCCUUGUCUUCUCUCCUUGAAGUCCGUUCUUCCUUGAGAAAUCAGAUCAUUCUCGCUCUCUGCUUACAAACUUUGGCUUUGAGUUUUUUGAUUGCUUCUCUGUUUUUUUCAUAAGAAUGAACGGGAAGGCCUCUGUUUCCAAGGAGCUCAACGCCAAACAUUCAAAGAUAUUGGAAGCACUUUUAAAGCAACCAGACAAUAGAGAAUGUGCAGAUUGUAGAUCAAAGGCACCAAGAUGGGCAAGUGUGAACCUUGGGAUAUUCAUAUGUAUGCAGUGCUCUGGUAUCCAUCGCAGCCUUGGUGUCCACAUCUCCCAGGUAAGGUCUAUCACUCUGGAUACUUGGCUUCCAGAUCAGGUUUCUUUCAUGCAAUCUACCGGUAAUGCCAAGGCAAAUCAGUAUUGGGAGUCAGAACUGCCUCCUCAUUUCGAGAGAAGCUCAAGCGACGCUUUCAUAAGAGCCAAAUACGUUGAGAAGAAAUGGGUUUCACCGGGAGGGAUUCAACCUUCUCCUAUAGCUAGCCAGCUAAGCUGCAAAGUUAGUCAUUUGGUAGAGAGUGGAUAUAAGCCUGUAACUCCAAGGAAAGCAAGAACUCUUUCCCUUGAUGAAGAUCUCCUUCUUAAGCAUGUUCUUCAAGUAACACCUCCUGAAACAAGAAUCCGAGCGGGUUCGGUGGAUAUGAAGGAGAAUUUGUAUGCUCUACCUCUACCACUGGGGAAGGAAGUUAAGAAACCAAGCCAAAAGAAUGAGAUUUUUUCUGGAGACUUGUAUCAGAAUAGAAGUACCACCAUAGCACCACCCUCAAGCUGGGCUACUUUCGACUGAAGAGAAGAGAUGGGAAGAAGAUUGAGCUUUUUUAAUGGGUCAAAAACAGGGUGGCAGAUGUGAAUUCAAAAGUCAGCUAAUGGAAGUUGUUAUGUUUUCUAUAUAUUUUUGGUCUUUAAAUAUUUUUAAGUUCUGUAUUUAGAGACAUCUUCAUUACUUUGGACCGAAAGAAAAAAGCAAUACAACUCACCAAUAUGUAUUUAUGAUUUUGAAUUGUUAAAGAAGUAACA